GGCUCAUCCUCAUCUUCAUCCAUUCAGUUUGCGGCAGUCAGUCGGUGACUAGACGUGAACACGAUGAGACGUAUUUAAGACGAAAAGCGGAAAGUUGGGUCUUAACAGUUUGAGAAGGAGUGUUGUUGUUCAGUACAGAAAAUUGUGUGAGGAAGUGCGCUGUUGAACGGCGGGGACGACGCAGUGAACGUCCUUCAGUGGAACAGAAAUAAGAAUACAGUGGAAAAGGAUUGAGUUGACUUGGCUGAUUGUUGUCGGUUGACGGUGUUUCCGGAGAAAAGAAAACGAAAGCAGAGUGUUGGAUUGCCCGUGUUCGUUUUCCGGUGUUUGAUUGUCGCGAACAGCGGAAGAAGUCGUAAAAGUGCUGAGAGAGCACCCAAACGGAAAAGGAUUGAUUCUUCCGGUUAGGGGAGUACUAUUUGGAACGUCAGCGAUAAAAAAGAGUGACGGAAGGCUUGGAAUUGACAGAACGUGUGAAUGAUUGGAUUGGGAGAAAAGUUGCUGAUUCAGUGUUGAUAGAAAUAAAUGUUUAUGGAGAAGAGCUGAUGGCUGGAACGCGGAGAAGCUGAGAUAAGAGCAAACAAGGAAAAAAGUCGUUGAGACGAGUUACAAGUGUCAGUGAAGAAGAGAUUACUCAAAGAAGAACGCUGAAAUAGCCGUUUGAAGUAGAAGGCGCGGCCAACUGAAAUACGUUACGGAUGAAUGCCAUGAAUGCAAUCGCCAAGAUGUACCCGAAGCUGAGUGCCGUGGAAUUGUCAGCAAUUUUAAUGAAAGGUGCUGCAAUGUCCGCAGCUGCCUCGCUGGAACGUGAUUCCGGUUUCAAUUCGGGCAGCUCCGAACACGAAGACGAUCUCAAAAGCCUAGACCAGAGCUCCAGAGAUGGACUCAUCACACCGGAAAACAGUUCCGAGGAUUCGGUUGAGGUCAAACUACCUCAAACCGUAAUCAAGAACAAGCGCAAGAGUACGGAGCCGCUACGAGUGGUUUCGGAUGCGGAACUGCUUGGGCCAAUCAAAAAACGGAUCCGCUACGAAGGGCAGAUCAAGGAAGAGAAGGAACCUAUUCUAGAUCACCACGUGAACGGCAACCCGUUCCGCCCAUGGGCUCCGAGCGAGGAGCCCUCAGCAGCCCAUCCACUACCUGCACACUUUCCUAAUCCGGCCGAUCUGCUGGUCAGACACCCCGGAGUAACCACCUUUCACCGUGCCAUCAGCCUUAAACCUCUGGACCGCCUCCAGCAGCCAUCACCAGCCGCCAUCUACCCACCGUCCAUCCCAUCCACCUCCACCAGCACCCCCUGCCAACAGCAACCCCUCGCAUUGAUCUCUAAGAAAUCCCAGUCCUUCAAAGCCCCCUCCCUAACGGUACAGGACACCAUCCGGCAGUCCUCGUCCUCAGACCGAUCCGUAUUCCUCCCGCCGCACCCCGUCCGCGAUCCACCCCGAUCGGCCUCAACCAAAGCAAUGCAACCUCGCAACUACAAAAACAUGACUCGCGAGCGGCGAAUCGAGGCGAAUGCUCGCGAGCGAACCCGAGUGCACACGAUCUCAGCAGCCUACGAAAAGCUCCGCCAAGCCGUGCCCGCCUACUCCGAUGCGCAGAAGCUGUCCAAGCUGUCCAUCCUGCGGAUUGCGUGCUCCUACAUCCUGACUCUGAGCCGGAUGGCUGGCGACGAUUACAGUGCGGACGCGUCCGAACCCUCGAUCGACGACUGCAUCGAAAUGGUGACGAAAACCAUCCAGACCGAGGGCAAGAUCAAGAAGAAGAAAGACGAGUAAGCGGUAGCGCCUGCGAGCGGGUGCCAGAGUAAACAAGAUGAGUCAAUCAAAUGAUAAGUGGUGCUGUGCACACACGUUAAUUGAAACGCUUAGCAAUCGAGAGAGGAGAAGCGGUCAAAUGGAAUUUGAGCAACUUCCGCGCCAAAAUGAGUUUUAUUUGCUUCAUCGACUGAGGGUGACUGAAAUUUGAUGUGGUGAUUCAGCUCUGAACCGAGCUGAACUAGUUAGGAUAGGGCAAAAGGAUUUCACUAAGGACUUACUAUUUAUUUUGCCGGUUUGGGAUCCCACGCGGUCGAGGAUCUGAAUGUAACAAAUUUUAAGCGUUUUUAGAUUUUAGGGGAAUCGAUGCAAACAAGUACAAAUAGGGUGCAGCAGAAGGAAACUUGCAGGUCUGAUCCGUUGCCAUAAGAUUAAUUGGAACAUUGAGACAAUAAAACAUCGCCAAAUAUUUGAUAGAAAAGCAACACAAAAACCAGUAAACAAUAGCCGGUGCCAUAAACAAAAACACUAAAACCAGAAGGUAGAGCAACUGCAUUUUCUUUCGCCAUAUAGCAGAAACAGCUUCUUGUAGUAGAUUUAGGAUGUGGAUCAUUAAUUAGCACUGAUAACCGAGUCAAUCGAUUUACAUUUGUUUUCGUUUCAAACCGAGCCAGGUCAAGUCACACACACGCUAGAGUGGAAACUAGGUUUAGGCUGAUCUUUACUAACGAUCUUGUAUCUCAAUUUUGUUGUUGUAAGUCUUAGUCAGCGCUAAGGUAUAUUUAUAAGCAAAUCAAAUUUGUGAUUGUUUUGUAAACAAUUUUUAAAUGUCCUACAAUAAUCGACAUUGUGAAAGGAGUGCAUGGGAAAAGAAAAAAGCAUGAAUAAAAUCGAAAAUAUUUUUGAGUCAAUUUUAAACAA